AUGGCGUCCCAAUUCACCAACGGCGCGAGCCAUUCCGCCGCUAAUACCUCUACCACCGCUCAAACCAUCAACGAUAUCCCGAAGUCAUGGAACUUCACUUCCAAGCUCCCCGCCGACUCCCUCUUCCCCACCCCCGCCGACUCGCACAAAACACCCCGCGAUCAAAUCGGCCCGCGGCAAGUCCGCGACGCCCUCUUCACAUGGGUGCGCCCACAACCCAUAACUGACCCGCACCUCCUCGCCAUCAGCCCCGCCGCCCUGCGCGACCUCAACAUCCUCCCGGGCACCGAAACAACACCCGACUUCGUGAACACCGUCGCAGGCAACAAGCUGCAGGGCUGGGACUCGGAGAAGCUCGAAGGCGGGUACCCGUGGGCGCAGUGCUACGGGGGCUUCCAGUUCGGCCAGUGGGCCGGCCAGCUCGGCGACGGGCGCGCGAUCUCGCUGUUCGAGACGACGAAUCCGCGCACGGGCGUGAGAUACGAGGUGCAGCUCAAGGGCGCGGGGCUGACGCCGUACAGCCGGUUCGCGGACGGCAAGGCGGUGCUGCGCAGCAGCAUCCGCGAGUUCGUCGUCAGCGAGGCGCUCCAUGCGCUCGGCGUCCCGAGCACGCGCGCCCUCAGCCUGACGCUGCUGCCCGGCGUCCGGGUGCGCCGCGAGACGACGGAGCCCGGCGCGAUCGUGGCGCGGUUCGCGGAGUCGUGGUUGAGGAUCGGGAAUUUCGAUAUCCUCAGGGCGAGGGGCGACAGGGAUAAUAUCAGGAAGUUGGCGACGUACGUCGCCGAGGACGUGUUUGGCGGCUGGGAGAGGCUGCCCGGGCGGCUUGAUGAUCCGGAUAAGCCGACGGAGUCGCCGCCGCCGAAACGUGGGGUUGCUGCUGAUGCUGUUGAGGGCCCGGAUGAGUCGGCGGAGAACCGGUUUACGAGACUAUAUCGCGAGAUUGUACGGCGCAACGCGCUUACUGUGGCCAAGUGGCAGGCUUACGGGUUCAUGAACGGCGUGUUGAACACGGAUAAUACGUCCCUUUUCGGGUUGAGCAUCGACUUCGGACCCUUUGCGUUCAUGGAUAACUUUGAUCCUAGCUACACGCCUAAUCACGACGAUUACAUGUUACGAUAUAGUUACCGUAACCAGCCAAGCAUAAUAUGGUGGAAUCUAGUACGUCUAGGGGAGUCCCUCGGCGAGUCAAUUGGCGCCGGAUCGAAAGUAGACGACCCGAAAUUCGUCGAAGACGGCGUGAAAGAGGAAGAAGCUAGCGCCAUCAUCGAGAGGGCCGAGAAGAUCAUCAUGCAAGUUGGCGAGGAGUACAAAGCUGUGUUCCUCGGCGAGUACAAGAAGCUUAUGACGGCUCGAUUGGGGUUGAAGAACCACAAAGAGAGCGACUUUGACGAGUUGUUUAGCAGCAUCCUGGAUACUAUGGAAGCCUUAGAGCUAGAUUUCAACCUUUUCUUCCGUCGGUUAAGUUCGGUCAAAGUUGAUGAGUUAGAGACGGAGGAAGCGAGGAAAGAUAAAGCUGGCGUGUUCUUUUACAGCGACGGUGUCUCGGGCAUUGGAGGUGAAGCCGAGGGUCGCAAGCGCGUUGGUGAGUGGCUGGGCAAGUGGCGGCAACGCGUCCUCGAAGAUUGGGGUAAUGGUCAGACUGUCUCAGAAGAGCAGGAUAACGAGAGGAUGCAAGCCAUGAAGAAGGUUAACCCUAAUUUUAUCCCGAGAAGCUGGAUCCUCGAUGAAGUUAUUAAGCGCGUAGAGAAGAACGACGAAAGAGACGUCCUAGACAGGAUUAUGCAUAUGGCUCUACACCCUUUCGAGGAGAGCUGGGCUGGCCGUACGUUUGAAGGCAAGGAAUACAAGGGCGAUAUAGACGAGGAGACAAGGUGGACUAGCGAUGUGCCAAAGACGGGUCGGGCAUUGCAGUGUAGCUGCAGCUCGUAG